AUGGCAAUGGCAGUGUGUCGAGGUCGACUGCUGUCGGUGGCGACAGUGCUGCUGGUCGUGGCCAUGGCGGGGCCAGGCGUUGCAGGCAUGUCAGGGCAGCAGUUGCAGACUUUGACCAAUGCAGCCAUUGCGGCCAAGCAAUCGGUGUUGGCGCUGCCUGAGGGCCGCAUUGAGUUUGGUAGCGUUGAGUACAUGAUUCAAGGCGCGCGCGAUCUGACCAUCGUCGGUGCCGUGGACGCGGCGGGCAUUCCGCUCACCGAGCUCUGGUUUGCCUUUCCGGGCGCCGUGCACCUUUACAACUGCUUCAAUUUCACCUUAUCCAACGUCAUCAUUGAUUUCGAAUCCACCUACGCCCAAGGAUCCGUCACGAGCUGGGACGAGGACAAUGGCCGGUGGUUCAUUGCCGGGUUUAACACCCUCAUGAUGAUGCCUGAUCCCAACCUGGAGCCAUUUUUUGCCCCACCCUACAACGACUCUAUCAAGGUAGCAUUCUGGGACGCUAACAAAACCAUGAUUCGAAACGCAACUUUCACGGACGGUAUCAAUAUUUUCAUGGAAGGCAGCACCGCUAUGGGGCCCACCUCCCCCUUUACAGUGUUGUAUAACAUCUCCGUUAACACAAACAUUUUCGGGCGCAUUCCGGCCUGGACCGAGCCACCCAUGGUCACGGUCAUGCCUCGCGGCGGGCAGCACUCGCUCCUUGUUCUCAAUACUUCCGCCAGCCUCUUUGACAACGUACACAUCUACGGUGGUAGCUCCAUGGGAAUCGUCGAGUCGGGCGGAUAUGGCCCAGCCAACACAUUUUACAAGCUCAACAUGACACGCCGGGCCCUUGUCAACGAGAACGGCACCGUCGACCGCCUCUUGGCCAUCAAUGCCGACGGCUUUCAUUCCACCUCCAAUCAGCACGCCGGCGCGCUAAUCCAGUCCACCAUCUCUUUCACCGGUGACGACCUCAUCAACUACUGCAGUGCCAUGCUGGUGGUACUGGCCAGCCCCAGCGUGACCGAAACGACUGCUACGCUGGCCAUUCUCGACAACGCGCGACUGCUCGAAAUCAUGAGGCCGGGUCAGCGUAUCACCUUCUUUCACCUCAACUCGGAAGCUUACCAAGCGCAAGCCGAAAUUGUGGGCAUUGCCGAGUCGCAGGACCCCGACUGGCUGCAACGCGCUGCCAACGUUCGCCAAACCCUGACCAACCCACCUUACAACGCAGACUUUACACGCUCCAUCUUCAGCAACCCAGGUCCCGUGUAUGCCGUGAACGUAACUGUCACCGCCGGUAACCUUAGCAAUGUCCAGGAGUACUGGUCUACAGCCCACAUGGACCCCUAUGCCAACAUCAACCCACACUUGACCCAAAGUCACCUCCAUGACAGCUAUUCGCGCAUGCUCAUGCUCAAGAGCUCGGGCGCCAUGGUUGAUAACAAUGUUUUUGAACGUGCGGGUGGCGUUCAUCUCGGCCCUGAACAGGAGUGGCUCGAGGGUGAUCCCGGCCAAACGAACGUGACGUUUGUUCACAACACCAUCAUUAACGGCGGUACCAAUGAAACCGCCAUUCAGCUGCAGCCUUGUCUGACCAUCAAUAAAGCCAAUAUUAUCAUGGCUGAUAAUCAGAUUGAGCUCACCAACGAGUAA